AUGCCGCACGAGCAUGAGCACCCUGCAGCAGAGGACAUCCCCGAAUCUGAUCCCGACGAGUGUGUAGGAGUACAUGUCAAGAAAGCAGAGUUGCACAUACGAGAUAUACAUGAAGCGAAACUUUUGAUCCAAGAGCUGAAUCGAUCGGGCGUGGGAGAGGACAUCAGCGAUGAGGAGUUCCUUGCUUACUUUGACCAGCUGGCUCCCGGGCCUCCGUGGAUUGAUCUUAGAGCCGGGCUGACAGAAGAGGAUCUCGGUCAGCAAUACGUCGACCAUGCACUGUGCCGCUUCAGAUAUUACAAAUACAAGUUGUCACAGCCCAAGGAAGAGCCGCAUGGUGAUAACCUUCUGGAGGAGGAAGAGGACGAUAAGGAAGAAAGGGAAUAUUUAGCUACAUUGACAGAGAAGCAACUUCUAUUCCUUGAGGAAGAUGACGCUACAUCGGAAGAGGAUGAUAACCUUAUGGAUAAAACUGAGGAUGAUUGUAGUAUGGAGUUUCCCGAGGAGAAGGGAUUUUUCAUUAGCUUUGAAGAAGAUGGAACACUCGAUUGGUUUUUCUACUCUGCUUACUGCGAAUGUGCUUCCCUGAGUGACUAUCAACGCCUAGUCCUAAAAAAUUAUGGUGGUACCGAGUACAGCAUGUGGAGUGACUACCAUAGCUACCGUCAUAGCUAUGAUAUUGAACGAGAGUAUCUCAAGUACUGCCAGGAAUUAUCCAAGCAACUGAAGUGGAUGGAAGAUUAUGUCGAUAUUUGCCGCUCAUCCGUCAAAUGGGGUAAAAUAUCUUCCCGAGGAGCAUUUCAAGCAAUUAAGAUUGCUGCUACUAGCUUUCCCAAGAUCACUCCUACUUUAGCUUACAAUGGCUUUGAUGAGUAUAAAGAGCGCAUUUGCUAUUAUCAUACUUGGUUUAAGGAGUAUGAUCAUUUGUACUUUGAGAUUUGGCGGCGUGUCACAAAGGGAACGAGUUUCAGAAAGGCUAUGGAGGAUGUUUGCAAGAUGAACAAGUUUCCAGUACGACAAGGUUUAAUGCAAACUGCCCUGGACCAUGAGUACACCAUGACGUUGAUGGAAGAGGACUUCCAUACCUGCACGGCAGCCAUUUGCCCUGGAGUUAAAGAGGAUAAAGCUAAGGAGUUGAUCGCAGACGGAGUUAAAAAGCUGGUUAAUAUGCCCAAGUCCUAUGAGGAUUAUAUCAGAAAAAAGAUAGAGAUUGCAUGCAUUAUUGGAAUUCUUCCUUCCGAGAAGACUGAGGCAACAGUAUAA